AUGGCCGACGGCGGCGAGGAGGGGAAUGCGUCGGCGCACAAGGGCUCCUCGCGCCGCCGGGGCGCGGCGCAGGUGGCCCUGGACGCCGACGAGCUCCUCACGCUCAUGCACGGCUCGGAUCCCGUCAAGGUGGAGCUCAACCGGCUCGAGAACGAAGUGAGGGAUAAGGAUAGGGAGCUGGGCGAGGCGCAGGUGGAGAUAAAGGCGCUGCGCCUGUCGGAGAGGGCGCGGGAGAAGGCCGUCGAGGAGCUCACUGCUGAAUUGGAGAAGCUGGAUGAGAAGCUCAAGUUGACAGAGUCUCUCCUUGAUAGCAAAAAUCUAGAACUCAAGAAGACAAACGAUGAGAAAAAAGCUGCUAUGGCGGCCCAGUUUGCAGCAGAAGCAACACUGCGAAGAGUCCAUGCAGCCCAAAAGGAUGAUGAUAUGCCGCCCAUUGAAGCCAUUCUUGCACCACUUGAAGCUGAGCUAAAGCUUGCUCGGCAAGAGAUUGCAAAACUCCAAGAGGACAACAGAGCAUUAGAUCGUUUGACAAAACAAAAGGAGGCAGCUCUGCUAGAAGCAGAAAGGACUGUACAAACUGCAUUAGCAAAAGCUGCUAUGGUUGAUGACAUGCAAAACAAGAACCAAGAUCUGAUGAAGCAAAUUGAGAUCUGCCAGGAAGAAAAUAAGAUCUUGGAUAGGUUGCACCGCCAAAAAGUUGCGGAAGUAGAAAAGCUUAGUCAAACAGUCAGAGAGCUUGAAGAAGCUGUCCUUGCUGGUGGUGCAGCUGCUAAUGCUGUUAGAGAUUAUCAGCGGAAAGUCCAGGAAAUGAAUGAAGAGAGAAAAGUUCUGGACCGUGAACUUGCUCGGACAAAAGUUACAGCAAACAGGGUUGCUGUUGUAGUUGCCAAUGAGUGGAAAGAUGGUAAUGACAAAGUAAUGCCCGUUAAACAGUGGCUUGAAGAACGCAGAUUCCUGCAGGGUGAGAUGCAGCAACUACGUGACAAACUUGCUAUUGCAGAGCGAGCUGCUCGAUCGGAAGCUCAAGUAAAGGAAAAGUAUCAGUGGCGACUAAAAGUUCUAGAAGAUGGACUGAGGGGGCCACCAAGUGGUUCUAGUCGUCCUCCUACAGAAGGAAAGAGUUUAAGCAAUGGAUCCUCCCGUCGGCUAUCGCUGGGUGGAACUGAUAAUAUGUCCAAAGUCUCCCCGACUGGUUUGUUAGCAAGGAGAUCUCCAUCCUUCAAUUCAAGAUCCUCUCUUUCUACUGGUAGCAGCUUGGUCCUCAAGCAUGCAAAAGGAACUUCAAGGUCAUUUGAUGGUGGUACGAGGUCUUUAGACCGGGGAAAAGUGCUUGUGAAUGGACCUCAUUUACUCAAUAGAUCUACAGAUGCUGUUACAGAUUGUGAGACUACUGAUAACUGGAAGGCUAGUGCAGAAGAGAAAAGUACUGAAACCACAAAUAGUGACUCAACUGAUAUGGUCUCUGGUGUACUGUAUGACAUGCUGCAGAAGGAGGUGGUUUCGUUGAGAAAGACAUGCCAUGAGAGAGACCAAAGUCUAAAGGACAAGGAUGAUGCAAUUGAGAUGUUAGCGAAGAAAGUAGAUACACUAACCAAAGCCAUGGAAGUGGAAGCUAAAAAGAUGAGGCGAGAGGUAGCUGCUAUGGAGAAAGAAGUUUCUGCUAUUCGCCUCGAGAAGGAACAAGAGAACAAGGCCAAGCGGCUUGGGAGUUUGAGAGGACCUGGCAACGCUUCUCAGGCACUUCCAGCAAGAAAUGCACCGCGUGGUGGGUUGACGCGCAACAUCCAAUAACCCAGGUCUAACACCAGGCAGCAUGAUAUUCUUUGAUAGGUUCCGUUUCCCUUUGUGCUUUCCCCCCUUUCCACCCCUAUUAAUUUUUUGUGAUUGAGAUAGCACAGAUGACCCUCUGAUACCUAGAUUGGGGAAAGAGUAGGCUCGCAUCUGACACGACUUGCUGUAAUGUAGUGGAAGGCAGUCCUUCGGUAAGGUUUAACCUUGCGGCACGCUCUCAUUUUGUUAAGGCGGUGCACGUUGUGGUUGUAUAGGCUGGAAGAUCACGCGUCUUCUUCUAAACUAUAAUUUAGCUAGUGUGGUUGAUUUUGCUUGUCCGAGUUGUGUUUGUGAAUAUCAUUGUAUCCUACUGUGGUCACCUUUUUUUUGUACCAUUCGUUUGUUGACGCUGGCUUUUCCCUUGCUGGUCCUGGAAUCAGUUUCUUGGCUUGGGAUACCCUUUUGGAGCACUGGUUCUAGUCUCGAGCUGAAUCAGAAUGGAA